AUGCCUCAAUGUCUGGAACUUCUUAUGUAUGAGCUUUUCUCUCAGUUUGGUCCCAUCAGAAAUAUCAACAUGCCCAAGGAUAGAGUUUCUAAAAUGCAUCAGGGAUAUGGUUUUGUUGAGUUCAAGGAUGCACGCGAUGCAAAGUAUACAGAGGAUAUAUUGCGAGGUGUCCGACUAUAUGGAAAACUACUCAAAUUGAAAAAAUUGGAUUCCAAACCAUCUACCCAAUACCAGUCAGAAAGAUCAGUGGGGACAUACGUUACUCCCAAGCUGGAUUUGCUGAACGACAGAUAUGUGGAUGUUGGAGCCAAAUUGUACAUAAGUAAUUUGAACCCAUUAAUUGAUGAAAAGUUCCUAUUGCAAACAUUUCUGAAUUUUGGUACAGUUAUCAAGCAACCGGUGAUUCGUCGUGACCUUGAAGGUAAGUCAAUGGGCAGUGGUUUUAUUACUUUUGCCGAUUUUGAAACCAGUGACGAGGUAAUAGAAAAAAUGAACAACACUAUUUUGAUGAAUUCGAAAAUAAGUUUAGCAUAUGCAUUUAAAGAAGGUGCAACCAAAGGUGGGAAGAAGAUCAGACAUGGCGACAAGGCAGAACGAAUACUUGCUGAAUCUGCUAAAAAGAACGGUUUUCUGCGGUCCAAAAAGCUGAGGUGA